GACCUUUACAGUUUUUUGAAGGGAGGUGCAAGCAAGCCAGCGCUCUGUGGCCAUAAUUGCUGAGAUGAUCCAUACAGCCAGUCUAGUUCAUGAUGAUGUCAUUGAUGAUGCAAAUUCUCGCAGAGGAAAAAGGACACUUAAUCAAAUCUGGGGAGAGAGGAAAGCUGUUCUAGCUGGUGACUUCAUCCUCUCAGCUGCUUCUGUAGCUUUAGCACGGAUUGGAAAUACUACUAUCAUCUCUGUUCUAACUCAGGUGAUUGAAGAUCUGGUGCGUGGUGAAUUCCUCCAGCUGGGUUCCAAGGAAAACGAGAAUGAGAGAUUUGCUCACUACCUCGAGAAGACUUUUAAGAAGACGGCGAGUCUGAUAGCAAACAGUUGUAAAGCAGUUUCAAUUCUAGGCUGCCCCGAUCCCAAAGUUCAUGAGAUUGCAUACCAGUAUGGAAAAAACGUUGGCAUAGCUUUUCAGCUGAUAGAUGAUGUGCUGGAUUUUACAUCAUGUGCUGACCAUCUGGGGAAACCAACAGCAGCAGAUCUCAAGCUUGGAUUAGCCACAGGCCCUGUUUUAUUUGCUUGUCGACAGUUUCCAGAAAUGAAUGCUAUGAUAAUGAGGAGAUUCAGUAAGCCAGGAGAUGUUGAACGUGCAUGGAAAUAUGUGUUGCAGAGUGAUGGUGUGCAGCAAACGACCUACCUCGCCCAGCGCUACUGCCACGCCGCCACGCGCGAGAUCCGCAAGCUGCGGCCGUCCCCCGAGAGAGAGGCCCUGGUGCACCUCACAGAAAUGGUCCUCAUGCGAGACAAGUGACACAGCUCCUCCCACUCCUUCUGGCAGCUACUUACCAGACUGUGCCUAAAGUCAUUUCAAAAGUUAUUUGCUUCCAACACAAGCUACCAAAAAUUAUUUUUUUUAGAAAAAACACCUUUUUUUUGAAGUUCUAUUUUCUCUUUUUUUUAAAACAAAAGUUUAAAGUGUUUUACUGCAGGAAGCCAUGCAAUUCAGAGCAAAUCAAACUGUGCUGUACAAUUGUUUUAACGGGGGCUAUUGAUUGUGGGGGAUGGGGAAGAUGUUUACAUGUUGAUGCACAAAGGCCACAAUGAGAAUAAAUAUAAAUCAGUGUAUGAAAAUUGAA